AUGAAGCAGCAGCAGUGGUGUGGGAUGUCGGCCAAAAUGGGCACCGUGCUGUCGGGGGUCUUCACCAUCAUCUCCACCAACAUGUACCUCAUCUUCGAACAGAAGCACCUGGGGAACGGCAACUGCUCGGAGAUGGGCCCUCAGGAGAACAUCAGCAACCUGCGGCAGUUCGUCAUCUGCUGGAGCUUCCGCAUUGUGCUGUUCCUGUCCAUGGUCACCAUCGCGCUGGGCUGCUGCCUGCUCUACUCGGUCUACGCCCAGCUCUACAAGGGCCUGCUGCUCUACGUGGCCUGGAUCCUCUUUUACGAAGCCAUCAACCUGGUCAUUCAGAUCUUCACCAACGAAUUCAGCAUCGGAGAGGUCCGGGUCAUGCGCUGGCUGGGGUUCGUGUUCAGGGCCCUCUUGCACUGCUUCGGGAUGUUCUUCGUCGUCGUCUACGCCCACAUGAUCUACAAGAGUCAGAACCAGGGCAACAUCGUCUUCUACAACCGGCGCGUUUCCGUGGGCAGCGGAGAAACCCCCCGGCGGAAGUCCAAGAUCUUGAGCUUUGCCCACCACUACAAAGAGUGA